UGACUGGCAUAUUUGGCAGGCAGUCAGAACGGAAUUCCCAGUGUAGUACACGAGUCAAAUUAUUAGAAGAUGCCACCUCAAACGUUGGGCCAGCUGCUGUCGCUACUGGUGCUCCUGGGACUGCCCAUGGCCUUCUGUGCUAAUGUCCCUCCGCUGUUGAAGCACGGGAGGGAGGAGCCAACGCCAAGGUCGACGGGAGGAUCAGCCGUGGAGGAGCUGACAGCCAGCUAUUGGCUGAAGCAGGCGCGCGAUCAGGUGGCGGCUCGACUGGACCGCACCCAGGACACGGUCACGGACGGGCGUAGGGCUAAGAACAUCAUCAUGAUGCUGGGCGAUGGCCUGUCCAUCACCACACUGACGGCGGCGCGCAUCCUGAAGGGCCAGCGCCAGGGACGCAGCGGCGAGGAGACAAAGCUGGCUGUCGAGGAGUUCCCGUACUCCGGCCUGUGCAAGACCUACUGCACCAACGAGCAGGCCCCGGACUCGGCCUGCACGGCCACCGCCUACUUGGGCGGGGUGAAGACUAGCAGCGGCAUCGUUGGCCAGAGCGCCACCGGCGAGAAGGUGGAUUCCCUCAGUAUGUGGGCCCACCGUUCGGGCAAGGCCACGGGGCUGGUGACGACGACGCGUGUGACCGAUGCCAGCCCGGCGGCGGCAUAUGCUCACGUGCCCAGGCGCAGCGACGAGCUGGAGAUUGCCCGCCAGCUGGUGGACGAGGAGCCGGGCCGCCACUUUAAGGUGAUCCUGGGCGGCGGAUUCGGAAAGUUCGGUCUCGAGCGACGCGAUGGCCGGGAUCUGGUCCAGAAUUGGCAGUCGGCCCAUCCGGAAAGUUGUCUUGCCCGCUCGCUCAGCGAGCUGCGCGGCUGCGUCAGCUCCAAUGGCAGCAUGCUGGGGCUGUUCAGCGACAGCCACAUGGCCUAUCACCUGGCCGCACACAAGGAGCAGCCAAGGCUCAGCGAGAUGACAGCGGUGGCCAUUGAGCGCCUGUCGGAGCAUCCUGACGGCUAUUUUGUGUUCAUCGAGGGCGGCCGCAUCGACCACGGCCACCAUGAGACGCGCGUCGGGUAUGCCCUGGACGAGAUGCUCGAGUUUGAUGCGGCCAUCGAGAUGGCCCUCCGCCUGACUGAUCCCAAAGAGACGCUAAUCGUGGUCACCGCCGACCACUCGCACACCCUUACCAUGUCUGGCUAUGCAAAGCGCGGCACCCCCAUCCUGGGCAUGGACGAUCUCCAGCGGGACGUGAACGGGAUCCAGUACAGCACCCUCAACUACGCCAUUGGCAAGUGGCAGAGUCAAGGAAAGAACGGCCAGCGCGAGAGUCCCGGCAAGACCCUCAGUCAAACUUCCUUCACGCCCAGCUACAUCAACGGGCGUAAGGGCGUCCACUCAGGCGAGGAUGUGGCCGUCUUUGCCAUAGGUCCGCAGUCGCAUCUUUUUGGCGGAAUUAUGGAGCAGAAUCUUCUGCCCCACCUUAUGGGCUAUGCGGCUGGUCUGGACUCCGGCGACACUGCAUUCGAGGUCCAGCGAAAAGUCGACACAUCCUAAGUUUUGUUUUACCUUUUAGUUUUAGCGUUCUUUCAAAUAAAAUGUUGUAAUGAAGAAAA